ACAUUGUUGCUAGACCAAAAUUCAUUCAUAUUUUCUGAAUAACAUUUGCUAAUUAAUUCAUUUCUUGAUAAAAUUGUGGGACUCAAACUUUUGAAACAACAUGACAAUAGCAUAAAAUCAGUAUUGUAAAAUAUAUUUGGAGGAUUUAUAUUUCUAUUAGACUUAUUCUUACCAUCAGAGUGACCAACCGGCAAUUUUAUUUCAAAUGAUAAAAUUUUAGCACCAAGAUCAAUGCUAAAAGUACACCCCAAUAUAGGCAAGGUGAAGUAUCCACAGGCUUAUUCCCUUCAUCAACAUCAGCCCAGGAUGCCAGCUCUUACACGUGAUCACCUAGCCCUCAGACUACGUCAGAACUGGAUGGCCAAAUAUCCCAUGGACACAUGCAGUAAUGGAGGAACAAAUCUUGAUGACAGUCUUACAAGCUUAAACUGGCUCCAGAAUCUGAACAUCCUCAAGAUCACCACACCAACACCACCAUCAAGCCCUGGGCCACCAAUGUUAGGAGACUACAAAAACAUUAAAGUGAAUCCUAAUUCGAUAUUGAAUGUUGCUUGUGGGCCUCCACCGACCAAAAUGUUUGAAAUGAGAUUUCCACCAGUAGACACUCCUCCACUUACACCCACCACACUAGGUGGAGAUUCAAUAGACUACAAAACUAAUCCAUAUGUAAAACCACCCUACUCAUAUGCAACAUUAAUAUGUAUGGCAAUGAAAGAGACAAAGAAAAGUAAAAUUACAUUGUCAGCAAUUUACAACUGGAUUACAGAUAACUUCAUGUAUUACAGAUUAGCAGAUCCAAGUUGGCAGAACUCCAUUAGGCAUAAUUUGUCACUGAACAAAUGCUUCCAGAAAGUUCCUCGAAGAAAAGAUGAACCUGGUAAGGGAGGAUUCUGGAGAAUCAAUCCUGAAUAUAGUGACCUUAUUGAAAACGGUGUGUUCAAGAAACGUAGAAACAGUCGAGAUGGCCAGUCAGGGUCUACAUCUAGCUCACCAACUACAACCCUUCCCAUUAACUUAAAAAGAAUUAAACGUGAGCCUGAAGAUGAUGGCUAUGAAGAAAGUAGUUCAAGCCAGCCAUCAAAAAUGCGUAGAUUAGAUGGUGGAAAUAGUGUCUUACAUUUUGGUGCUACUGAGGAUGAAGGUCAUUUAAAAGGUGAUUUCAACUGGACCUCAAUUCUUAAUCAGGAUAUUGAAAUUGGUGGUGUAAAAAUUAAAACUGAAGACUUGAUUGAUACAAAUGAUGACUCUGCUAGUCCAAUCAUGGCCAUGAGCCCUCCGUCAUCAGACUCAAAUUCUGUAAGUGAUUUCGGAUUAGACGAUCUUUUAGGAGAAAAUGAUUUCUCACCAUCACAAUCUCCAUUAGACUUCACAACACAUGAUUCUCUCAGUUUAGAAGUUAUUGGCACUGGUAUUAAAGCACCUAACUGGUGGGCAGACAGUUUUAAUGCUGGUGAGCACCGAAAUCUGCUACAAAACAUUGAAAAUAUUGAAACAAGAAGUGGGCUAAAUACUCCAGUAGCACCUUCACCUGUGCAUGAAAAUGAAGAAAAUGAUCAUCCAUGGUUCGACAGAACAGACUUAAAUCUUGAUACACCUUUUGAUGUAGACAAUUUGUUUGACAUUGAAAACAUCCCAAGUCCUCACAUAUGAUGUGAAAAAAAUGCAAUAUCUUAGUUAUAGAAAACCACUAGUUGCCUUAGCUGUUAGCUCUGAAAUUGUCUGUGUUUUCAUGUAAACGUAUGACCAUUUUGAGAAAAAAAUCUAUAAGAGCUUGAGUGUAGAAAGCUGCCAAAAAAUAGCAUUCUGUAGCCAUAUACAUUACAUUAUCAUUGAUAAAAACUGCCAGUAAACAAAAUUCAUGUUUUAGUUUCAUACUAAAUUUCAAACACAAAAUGUCAGUUAUAUCAUGAAAAUAUAAAGGGUAAAAUCUUUUCAUAUUUAAUAGUCUGAACUUUUUAACAGAAAGCAUUGUUAUCUAGAACAUUGAAUUUAAAGAUCAUAGUUCUUUAUGUCUCACAAGGCUUUCAUAAUUAGCUCAAUCAUGUGUGUAAAUAUAUCAUUGAUUUCGUUUUUAUCACUAAAUCAUUGAUUUUAUUAGAGGCAUUAUCAUGCUUGAGGAAUGAUUUUGUUACUUGUUCAUGAGUAUUUUAAGAAAGUUUUGUUAUUUGUUGAUAUAUUUGUUGUAGAUAGAUUUGGUAUUACCUUACCAAUGUGAUAAUGAUAAAAGUGCUGUUAAAGUACUAGCGAAGCGAGAGAUUCCAUUUUGAAACUUAGAGAUACACGUGUAAUACUAUUUUAUAGCUGCAGCAAAACCAUGAGCACAUAGAAACUAUAGUUUUUUCGUAUUAGUCAGAAUACAUUCAGUACAAUCUUUACAUUGCAAUACUGUUCUAGCUAAAGUCUUACUCGUAGGAAGUUAAUGGUUUCUUUCAAUUUGUACAGUUUUAUUUCACAAGUUAGUUAUUUCCAAUGCAUGUGUUUUCAAAGGUCAAUUUUUUUGAUGCGCAUAGUUUUUGAAGUGUUGGAGUUCAUUACAGAAAAUUGUUGAAAUUUCCAAAGGUAAAAAGUUUCAUUCUGGUAUCUCUCUAGGGCAUUGUGCAAAUUUUGAAGGAUGUCAUUUCUGAUGACUUUCUGUCCUUAUCUAUUCCGUCCUUAUGUAUUCCGUCCAGUAAUACGUAUUUAUUCAUAUUAAAAUUGUACAUAUUGUAAAUAGGGUUGAUAAUUAAAAAGUUUAUUUGUAUAUAGUUUUAUAAAUCAUGUAAAUAUUAACAUUUUAUAUUUAUUUAUUUAAAAAAGAAAGCUGUAAUAUAUUAAAGGCGAUAUUUAAUGAGUGUUUUAAGGUCUUUUACCACCUUCAGCUGAUUCUAUUUUUUAUAUUUCUAAGUUGAAAAUGGAUUACUUGUUUCUGUUGGAAAUACACAGUGUGACACUCAGUAUUAAAAGCCUUGAUUGUAUUAUUAAAUUGAUUGGUAAAAUCUGAUAUUUUAAAUGCUUUAAACAUUGUUAAAUCAAUAUACUUUAUUUUCCAAUAUCUGAUAUGACCUACCUCAAUUCAAUAUUUUUAUACUGAUCUACAGAAUAGAACAUGAGAAUUACUGAUAAUGUAUCAGAAAAAAAGAAACAUGUCUCAAUCGUGUUUUAAAAUACUUAAAAUAUAUCUAAGCUAGAUAGGACUAAAAGCAAAUGACCAAUAACUAACAAGACAUACUUUCUUUUUACAAAAUAGAUUUUAUUACAAAAAAUUAUUGUGAUAUAUUAGGUUCUGUAUGACCCAUGAAAUUAUAAUGGGGUGGGGGAGGGUUUGUGGUGGGGGGAGGGGGGGGGGGGGUAAAAAUCAAAUCAUAAACGAAAUAACCUUUGUAUCAGAGGCUUUACACUGCCAAGAAACUAUCAUUUUCACAAAUGGUUAAAUCAAGAUGAAAGCUAUAUCUGUUUGUUUGUUCUUUUAAACUGUUUUUUAAAUUGUAGCAAAAUACUAUAGGAUAUUUUCUCUGUAUUUGAUCAGCCAAUAUACAAUAGUAUUCAAUAUAGUCUAGUGAAAAUAUAACAAUAUAUAGAAAGUACAUAGAUUUCAGACAUGUAGGUUCAUGUUUUUGAUUUUUAUGUAGGUGUAUUAAAUUAAGUAUUAAUCCAGGUAGUGUAGCAGAAGGGUGUCAAUGCAGAUUAUCUUAAUUCUAUUUUGUUGUGUUUUAAAAGCAUUUAUUAGCUUGAGAUUUAAUCAAUUUUUCCAUUGUCAUAUCACAGUCUGUCAGAAUUUCAAAACAUCAUGAUUCUAUCAUUCAUAUAAUGUAUCAUACAAAUAUAGUUUUGUAAUAAACAUUUUCAUUUGCAUUGUUUUUGCUCACAAGGGAAAACUUCUUUCAGUUUAAAUCUUAAUUUACGGACUUACAUUUGAAGCACUAUUUGUACUUGAAAAUAUUAAUACUGGUAGUACCUGUGGAAUUAUGACAUAUAUUAUAUUAUUAAGGUAAAAAAACAUCUUAAACGUUUUCUGUCAAGAGUUAUGUAACUUUUUAUAGCAAUGAAGAGAGUUGUACCCCUUGUGCGCAGUAUCAGCUGGAUCCCAGUUUCAUUCAGUAUUAAAUCCUCAUGUUUCUUGUUCCCAGCACUAGUGUGCCUACACCGGUUGCCAGUGUUUACACUGUAUUCAUAAUAAAUUAUGAGAAAAAAUGAAAAUAAAAAUAUUUCUGAAAAGAAAA